CUCAAACCGAUACAGAGGGGGAUAUAAAGCAUUACUGCGGAAUACCAAGGAUUUGAACUGUUGCCAGAGCAUCAAACGAGAGGACGAUUAGGAAUCUUGCCAAAAGCAAAAGCUCUUCUCUGUUAUGUCUGUCUCCUCUUUACCGGAAUGGAAACAACUCCUGCUGGAGCGAAAGAGGAGGGAGGAGGAGGAGCGAGAGAAGAGAGAAAAAGAGGAGGAGGCCAAACUCGCCAGCAUGCCUGUUUGGAAGCGAGGGAUCAUCCAGAGGAGAAGAAUGAAACAGGAGAGUUUCGGGGACAAGGAAAGAGAGGGCCCCCUCCAAGUCAAGGAGGGCAAGUCCCCUUCUGAUGCUGUGAGUGACCCAGACAGCGCUACACUGGUGCAGUUGGGAAGUGAAUCACCACUCAGCCCAGACUUCACAGGGCCUUGGCUGGAUGAAGAGUCUAAACCGCAGAGUCAGGUGUUAAGGGAGACCAUCACCCCUGUCCAACAAAAUCCAUUCAUUCGCACGCAUGGCGGGUUGAGAAGGGGAAGAGAAGAAGAGAUGGCUGGGGAGAUGAGCCUCGAGAAAGGGAAUGAGCAGGAAAUAGAAGUAGGGAGAGAGAGGGAAAAGGAGAAGGAAAGAGGCCAUGUCAAAGGUCAUGAUGGGGAGUCUGGGAGGGGAAGAGAUAUAGAAUUAAAACUACAGCGAUACAGGGAACGGAGUAGGGGCAGAGAAAGGGACAGAAGUGCCGGAAGAGAGAUGAGCCGAGACACCGUGAGAGACAGGGAAAGGGAAUGCCUGAGAGGGAGAAAAGAGGAGGAGAGGGAGGAGGGAGAUUCAGAUCCUCAUAACCCCAAGUACCCCCAUCCACUAGUCCCAGGCCUUCGUACCAUCAGAGCAGACAACAUCAUCAUUAUUGAACAGGACAGAAAGGGCAGUGAUGAAAGGAGGGGUAGAAGGAGAGAGUGGGAGAGGGAGGUGAUGGAAGAGGAGCAGGAAAAGAGAGACAUAAAGAUGGACCUCAAGGAGUUUCUUUCUGGUGGAGGGAGUGUCACGGAGAUUCGAGCAUCAGUGGGAUUGGUAAUUAAACCCUUAGCUGGCACUGAGGACUGCAGGAGUGGAAGUCUAAAAGGGGCAGGCAGGGAAGGAGAUGGCAAAGAGAAGGGAGAGAGAGAGGUGAAGUGCAAUAAAGAUGGAAGAAAGGAUUGUGAGAGGGGGCUGGAGAGAGAGGUGGCGUGGUUGAUGAUGAAAGAUAAAGAGAGGGAGAAUUUGAGGGAGAAAGGCCGACCACGAACACACGCAGCUUCAGAACAAGAGGAUAGGAGAUGUGGUGACACAGAUGACAGUAUCCACAAUGAGAGAAGAGUUAGGGUGAGUGAGCUGCUGAGUAAAUUUGGGGAACAUACAAAGAAAUACAGGGAACAUCCAAAGCCCCCGUCCCGGUCUAAAAGCUCAGAUUGUUUCAGCCGGCCUGGCAGGGACAGAGACAAUUUUGGUCUGGACGAGGACAAUGAUGGAGACAGGAGAGGGGAGGAGAAACGUGCAGGAUUCAGGGGUGUGCCCAAGCGGUCAUUCAGCUUCUCUGACCAGGUGAUAUGGACAAAGGAGAAUGGCAUGCAGGAUGAGGGGAACCAUGAUAGGAAGGUGGUGGAGAGGACAUGUUCAGACAGGAGGGUGGCACCUCGGGGAGAUGUAGUGGAGGAUGAAUGGUCAGAGAGGGGAGGCAAGCAGGGGGGCUGGACCUGGUUUUCAGAUAAAGAGCGGGUGGGGAAGCAUAGAGAGGGAUUCAUAAAAACAGACAGGGAGGAAGAGGGGCAGCCUGAGAGACAGCCUGCGUUGGAAAGUAACACAGGGAAAGAGACUGACCAUGGGGUCGAGAUUGUAACACGAGUGGAGUUAGAAUAUCGUAACACGGGGACAGAGGAACUAACACAGAAUAUGUGUGAGGAGGCAGGGUUUACAAGGGUCUCAGUUAAAAACACAGAGGCCUCAUUUGCGCAAGGAGUGCCCAUCAAACACGAUGGGCGAGAGAGAGCAGUGGAAAAAGAGGUAAAGCGAAUGACAGAAGAAAGAGAGAGAGGGAUGGAGAGGGCGAGGAGCACAGAGAGAGAGGUGGUGGUUGGAAGACAGGCAGAACCUCAAGUGAGGGACAGAAGGGGGUCAGAAGCCAUUAGAAGAGGAUCAGAUGCAAGGGAUGCCAAGAGGAUGUCAGAAGUAAGGGACUGCACAAUGUCAGUUGAAACAACUCAGCAAAACUGUGUGAUCACCCUCUCUGUAGACAGAGCCAGUCCUCCUCAGUCUGUUGAAAGCCAAUACAGACGUGUCUCAGCAUUGACAGAGUGUUCAACCACCUUGCUCAGCGCUGUGGCACACAGAGGAACAGAUUGGCGUAGUAGUCAAGGAGCGCCGGGGAACCAUUCAACCCAGUCAGCACUAUCACAGCACACGGGAGAUCUUAUCAACAAGACAAGGAGAGUCGGAGAGACAGCCAACGAACUUGACAAUCACAAAGGGACCCAAUCAUUAACUCAGGAUUGCAAACGUGUGACGAGGGAGGACACAGAGAAUGUAAGAGGGAGCAAAGCUUACAGGGUGCCAAGUGAGGUGAGCAAGGAGAGCGCACACUCACCUGGCACACGCGUGCACAGUCACGUCUGCCCCGAAAUGUCCGUCCAGGAAGUGACCCCUGAGUCUCCCAAGUCUCCAAAGCACGUUGCCUCAGUUGGAAUCCCUCCAACGCCACUUGAGCGACACAUACCCAGGACAGUGUUCUAUGGUGUGGGGGAGGUAUUAGAGAACAAAAGGCCAAGCCUCCAAAGCGAUGACGACCAGAGCUGCGAAGGAGAGGGAGGGAAAGGUGUGGAGAGGCGGGAUAGUUGGAGGAUCGGCAAGCCUUUGUCUCGUAUCGAAUCCCUGCGAGAGAAAAUCCGGCAGAGGGAGAAGGAGAGGCUGAGGAACACGGAGGGAGCGGUAGCAACGGGGGAUGAUGGAGAUGCGACUGAGGGAAUGAAAAGGGCUGGGACUAGAAGGGUUAGAAGAGCUUCAAGUUCAGAUAGGUGUGAUGAAGGAGAGGGGGGGGACGAAAUGGGGCGAGAGAGACAGAGACAGGAAGGCUCUGCACAGCAGACAACAUCCACUCAGUUUUACGUCACACAGGAAGCGAGCGUGUCAAAAGCUGACCCUGAGCUUCCUGUUCCUCUCUCAUUCUCACAAUCUGUCAAAGGAGAUGAAGAAAGCGAUCACACGAUUGAGAGAGAGGAAGAUCCAAUAAAACAUGUAGUAGAUGAGUUACGGUGUGACAGGGGUCGGCAGAGAAAACAGGACACCAGAGGCAGAGGAGGAGAAGUAGGAGAGGAUAAACUCUCGGAGGAAGAGGACAGGUUGCAUUAUCUGCCUCCUUCACCCUCUCCUUCACCCUCAGACUCUUUCUCCCCCUCUCUUGCUGAGAUGAGCCGGAUCUAUAACCUGAAAAAAGUGGGGUCCAGGACGGCGGUGUGCAUGAGUGAGAGGACCGUGGAUAGGCCUAUCCCUAUACAUACACCCAACGUACAGUCCCGCAUAUCAGCAGAACAACAGGAGCCAAGCAGUCUGGAGAGAUCCGUUGGGAUGCUGACACAGAAGCAGCUGUGGGGUGGUGGUGGGGCAUCUGGAAAUAAGGCCUCUUGUGAUGAGAAUUCCGGACUUCAGAAAAUACAGCGUCAGGUGGAACAGCUUCAGUUGCGAGAACAACAGGAAGUACAGAGACUAUCACACGACAACAACGCAGCACAGUCGACUUUUAGUAAAAAAACUAAUUUGAAAGCUAAAGAGUCUGAAGCUCAGCAAAGCACAAGGAUAUCACACAACCAGCCUAAUAAGGAACCUCAACAGAUGCAUCCAAGGCAAAAGGACCAGCAAACCCCUCUAAAUCCCAGAAAAUGUCAGUCUAAUCCGCAGUUGCACUCUGAAAGGCCUCCUCAACCCAAUCGUGCCCGCUCCAUUACCAUCAACUCCGGAUCUCUCCUGACGCCCUCUCCUGAGAACUCAUUACACCCAGACCAGGGAGUCCCACCUAGCACAUCAUCCUCCCCUUGCUCACCCUCCCCACCCCAGUCCCCCUCCGUCUCUCCCUCCCCUUCACCUUCUCCGAUCAAUUUCACCAUCAGAACAGGCUCUGGAGGCCAGCAGGCCAAGAGGGGCACCACCAUCACCAUCACCCCAAGGAAGCCUGUUGGAGGGGCAGCCGUGGAAUCGGUUUCAGUAUCCUCAGGACCCUCAGUCAAGACGUCUACCAAGUCCCAGAUGCCUGUCCUAACCGAGAUAGUAGAGAGAGGCAAGAAGAGAUACCCCACUACGGAGGAGAUCGAAGUGAUCGGCGGAUAUCAGAACCUGGAUAAGUCUUGCCUGGUCAAGACUCCCAAAGGGACUCCCAAAGGGGUGAAGGUGUGUUUCGACGAGACCCAGCUGGAGCAGGUUUUUGAAUACCCAUCAGAGGCCUCUAUGAUAGCCUUUACCCCCUACCCCAUACCAGGUCAGGAGAAAGGGAAGGAGGAUGAGGUGCAGGAGGAAGAGGAGGAGGAGGAGGAGAGAGGAGUGUUUGUGUCCGGGAGCAGCAGGAACGUGGGAGCAGCGGAUGGCCUGAGAGUGCUGAGAAUAGAUGAGUCUUGCCAUCGGUAGACGUCAGCUCGCCAAAUAGCCCAAGUGAUGUUUCAUAUUAGAUUUUUGUUUCCUGUAUUUUGUUUAUUUAAAAUGAUAUAAUUAAUAUUGGUAAUCUUUUUUGAUGUUCAAUGUUUUAUUUUACUUAGGGUCAGGGACUAUUGAUUUUGAUUUUUUUAAAUGAUGGUUUUUGAGCAGUUUAUGAGUUGAAUGAUGGCGCAUGUAGCGGAACCUGACUGGACUUUUUAUUUUACUUCUCUAUUUCAAGGUAGAAGUGCAAAGGAAAUAUGAAAGCACAGUACAUAUUGUAGCCUAUAAGUUUGAAUAUAUAAAAGUGUAUUUUUACCAUCAGGUGUGUACUGUUGGGGGAUGAUCACAUGUCAAUGCAAGUUAGUGGAUUACUACAAAAGUAUUGUAAAAGGAUCCGGUCAGUUUAGUUUUAUUUAGCUUAGUUCAACAACACAAUGGCCCUACUGUAUAUAAACGUUGCAUCAGCACUGUAACGAUUCAGGCUGCAUUCCCUCGAGUGCACUACUUUUGACCGGAGCACUAUGGGCCCUGGUCAAAAGUAGUGCACUAUAAAGGGAUUAGGAUGUCAUUUUGGACGUAUUCUCAGUGACGCUUAUAUUAUCUGGUCCCUGUGCCUGCUUGAUUUGCUCAUACAGAUGAUAUAAAGAUGUAUUUUUUUAUUUUUUUUAUUUCACCUUUAUUUAACCAGGUAGGCUAGUUGAGAACAAGUUCUCAUUUACAACUGCGACCUGGCCAAGAUAAAGCAUAGCAGUGUGAACAGACAACACAGAGUUACACAUGGAGUAAACAAUUAACAAGUCAAUAACACAGUAGAAAAAAAGGGGAGUCUAUAUACAAUGUGUGCAAAAGGCAUGAGGAGGUAGGCGAAUAAUUACAAUAUUGCAGAUUAACACUGGAUUGAUAAAUGAUCAUGUACAGGUAGAGAUAUUGGUGUGCAAAAGAGCAGAAAAGUAAAUAAAUAAAAACUGUGGGGAUGAGGUAGGUGAAAAUGGGUGGGCUAUUUACCAAUAGAUUAUGUACAGCUGCAGCGAUCGGUUAGCUGCUCAGAUAGCUGAUGUUUGAAGUUGGUGAGGGAGAUAAAGGUCUCCAACUUCAGCGAUUUUUUUGCAAUUCGUUCCAGUCACAGGCAGCAGAGUACUGGAACGAAAGGUGGCCGAAUGAGGUGUUGGCUUUAGGGAUGAUCAGUGAGAUACACCUGCUGGAGCGCGUGCUACGGAUGGGUGUUGCCAUCGUGACCAGUGAACUGAGAUAAGGCGGAGCUUUACCUAGCAUGGCCUUGUAGACGACCUUGAGCCAGUGGGUCUUGUGACGAAUAUGUAGCGAGGGUCAGCCGACUAGAGCAUACAAGUCGCAGUGGUGGGUAGUAUAAGGUGCUUUAGUGACAAAACGGAUGGCACUGUGAUAAACUGCAUCCAGUUUGCUGAGAAGAGUGUUGGAAGCAAUUUUGUAGAUGACAUCGCCGAAGUCGAGGAUCGGUAGGAUAGUCAGUUUUACUAGGGUAAGCUUGGCAGCGUGAGUGAAGGAGGCUUUGUUAUGGAAUAGAAAGCCGACUCUUGAUUUGAUUUUCGAUUGGAGAUGUUUGAUAUGGGUCUGGAAGGAGAGUUUGCAGUCUAGCCAGACACCUAGGUACUUAUAGGUGUCCACAUAUUCAAGGUCGGAACCAUCCAGUGUGGUGAUGCUAGUCGGGCAAGCGGGUGCAGGCAUCGAUCGGUUGAAAAGCAUGCAUUUGGUUUUACUAGCGUUUAAGAGUAGUUGGAGGCCACGGAAGGAGUGUUGUAUGGCAUUGAAGCUCGUUUGGAGGUUAGAUAGCACAGUGUCCAAUGACGGGCCGAAAGUAUAUAGAAUGGUGUCGUCUGCGUAGAGGUGGAUCAGGAAUCGCCCGCAGCAAGAGCAACAUCAUUGAUAUAUACAGAGAAAAGUGUCGGCCCGAGAAUUGAACCCUGUGGCACCCCCAUAGAGACUGCCAGAGGACCGGACAGCAUGCCCUCCGAUUUGACACACUGAACUCUGUCUGCAAAGUCUGCAAGAUCAGGUCAUCCACAAGUCCAAGAUACAUUUUGAGUCUUGUGAACAUCCCUCAUCUGUACAGUGCCUUCAGAAAGUAUUCAUACACCUGGACUUAUUCCACAUUUUGUUGUGCUAAAGCCUGAAUUCAAAAUUGAUUAAAUAUAUUUGAUUUCUCACCCAUCUACACACAAUAGUCCAUUAUGACAAAGUGAAAACGUUAUUAUUAGUUUUUAUUUAUUUUACAUCUAAUUUACACAUAUUCAUUCACACCCCAGAGCCAAUAUAUCCAGCUCUUUCAAGUUGGUUGUUAAUCAUCGCUAGAAAGUCAUUUUCAAGUCCUGCCAUAGAUUUUCAACCCUAUUUAAGUCAAAACUGUAUCUAGGCCAUUCAGGAACAUUCAAUGCCGUCUUGGUAAGCAACUCCAGUGUAUAUUUGGCCUUGCGUUUUAGGUUAUUGAUCCAGAGGGAAUGGGUUAAAUGCAGAAGACGCAUUUCAGUUGAAUGCAUUCAGUUAUGCAACUGAGUAGAUAUCCCCUUCCCUUAUUGUCCUGCUGAAAGGUGAAUUUGUCUCCCAGUGUCUGUUUGAAAUCAGACUGAACCGGGUUUUCUUCUAGGAUGUUGGUUGUGCUUAGGUCUAUUCCGUUUAAUUUUUAAUUUUACAAUGACAACCAUAUCCAUAACAUGAUGCAGCCACCACCAUGCUUGAAAAUAUAAAGAGUGGUACUCAGUGAUGUGUUGUGCCUUAUGGCAAACAGGAUUGCAUGUUCUGGGAUAUCUUUAUUCUGUAUAGGUUUCCUUCUUUUAACCUUUAUUUAACUAGGUAACAGUUCACUCUGUCAUUUAGGUUAGUAUUUUGGAGUAACUACUAUGUUGUUGAUCCAUUCUCAGUUUUCUCCUGUCACAGCCAUUCAACUCUGUAACUGUUUUAAAGUCAGCAUUGGUCUCAUAGUGAAAUCCCUGAGCAGUAUUUUCUUUUAAAAUUGUAAAAAAUAAAAAUAAUAAUUACAAACAUAAUUUCAAUUUGACAUUAAAUGGGGUAUUUUGUGUAGGCCAGUGACACAAGAUCUCAAUUUUAAAUUCAGGCUGUAACACAACAAAAUGCGGAAAAGGGGGGUCGAGGGGUGUAAAUGCUUUCUGAAGGCACAGUAGUUUCUGGCAAACCAUGGCUAUAUGUAACAUGAUGACAAUUCAAUUUUGUUCAAUUACGGUUUCUGUUUGAACCACAAAGUGGAUUUAAGCGAGACUUAAUGCACAUGAUUGCAUGAUUGAAAAACCUGACGAUACAUGAUGGAAUGAUCACCAUUACAAGUUUUUAUUUUUAACCACUAGUGGAAUUAAUGUGGUAGAAUGAAACACAGUAAUCUAUGUACUGCAUCUAUAGUAAUUUGACUGUAUAGUUUUGAAUGGAAAAGGUAUUAUGUUUGGGUCUCUGGUGUUAUUAUGUAAGACUACAUACAGCACAUGUGUGAUAUGGGUGGGAAAAAAAGACCAUGAUUUUCAGACAUUUAAUAUAUAGAAUGGUCCUUUGGAGUAUGGAUUGUUGACGUAUAUUUGACAUUUGCAUAUAAAAGCAUAAUUGACCAAUAAUUAAUCAAAGUUGAUGGUUUGGCCUUACCCAGGUCUCCUUUAAGACUCCCUAAUGUUUUAUCUGUAGGUGCUACAAAGAAAACAUUGGUGUCAUAGGAAGCUUCACCGCUUGCUUUGUAAUAUGAGUAGCAUUUUGUUUUCAAUAACAAUAUUCUUAUUAAUUUAUGAAUAUUGAAAAAAAAUUUGAUUUAGCAAAAUGUUUAAUAUAUUGUUGAACGUAAUAUACUCUACGGACAUAUCAAAGUUCCAGAGUGGGAUCUCUGCUAUUUUUAGAGUUAUGAUCCAAUUUGUAACAGAGUGAAUGUGAAAAUGGAUUCAAAAUGGUCACCCUCUUCUGGUGAUUUGCCGGAUGAACAAUACAUUAAAAUAUUAGCCAAAUUCAAAUUGUAAAUUUCAAUAUUUAUGUUUAUAUUUUUCAAUAUUCAUUAAUUAAUAGGAAAAUUGUUAUUGAAAUCAAAAUGCAUCUCAUGUUGCAGAGCAAGCGGCAAAGCUUCAUGGGUAAGUCCAAAAUGUAAUAAAUAUGCCAACUUGUAUUAUUUCUCAAUUAAGCUUUAGAUACAAAUGUCAACAAUACUUCCUCCAAAAGGACCAAUCUAUGGAUUAAAUGAAGUGAAAAUCCCCCAAAUCAUGGUAUUUUUGUUGGUCCUAGUUUGUGACGAAUCACCCACAUCCAAAAUAAGGGCACAAAUGUUAUCAUGGUUCCAUGAGAUGCUGUAAUCUCAAUUUUAGGUGCUCUUUUUUAUGUGAAAGAAUCUAUCUGAAGAAUAUCAUAUAUAUGGUAUAUCUGAUUUAUGCUCCCAUGUGUGCAAUUUUGAUACAUUAUUUUAUUCUUUCUGUUUUCUAUUGCGGUCGAAGAAGCUGGCUUCAAGAGAGAAAAACAUCUAAUAAAUGAUUUGAAAUUAAAA